GGUGGAAAAAUUCCCAUCCGGUGGACUGCUCCUGAAGCUAUAGCUUACCGCAAGUUCUCUUCAGCAAGCGAUGCGUGGAGCUAUGGGAUUGUAAUGUGGGAAGUGAUGUCCUACGGUGAGAGACCAUACUGGGAGAUGUCCAAUCAGGAUGUUAUACUGUCUAUUGAAGAAGGUUACAGGCUACCAGCUCCCAUGGGCUGUCCAGCUUCUCUUCACCAGCUCAUGCUUCACUGCUGGCAAAAGGAGAGGAACCACCGUCCAAAAUUUAGUGAUAUUGUCAGCUUCCUGGACAAACUGAUCCGCAAUCCAAGCACCCUUCAUACCCUAGUGGAGGACGUACUUGUAAUGCCAGAUUCACCUGGUGAAGUUCCAGAAUUUCCUUUGUUUGUUUCAGUUAGUGACUGGCUGGACUCCAUAAAAAUGGGUCAAUAUAAAAGCAACUUCAUGGCAGCAGGUUUCACAACUUUGGAUAUGGUUUCAAGAAUGAGUAUUGAUGACAUUAGAAGAAUUGGAGUUGUACUCAUUGGACACCAGAGACGAAUAGUCAGCAGUUUACAGACUUUGCGGUUACACAUGAUGCACAUACAGGAGAAAGGAUUUCAUGUAUGAAAGUACUAGAACCAACUGUGUUUUGUGCCUCAGCGUUUCUAAAAUGGAAAAUAUUCUCAUUCUUCCCUUCUGCUUUUCUCAACUUCAAGAACUGCAGUCUCCUGGUUAGACUCCAAAAGUACUUCUACGUUAAUGCUUCCAAACUGGAAUUUUUAAUCACACUGCAUAGUUCCUCUGUCAGUUAUCUGCCAAUAAAAUUCUGACCUACUGCAAGACUUGCUACACAUUGAUGAAUAAUAACUCAGCAACUCAGCAUGGAUGUGUAACUUUGUAUAACAGUAUUUGGGAAACUUUCACAAACUUACUGGAAAGUAGUAAUCCAUUUGGCCUGGUGUGGCUUCUUUAUCGAUGUAUUUAGAGUUUGCUGGUAGAUCAAAACGUAUUUGACUUCUUUCAUGUUCUGUGACCAUGUAACUUCCAAUACCAAAUGUGCAAUCAAGAAGUUUCACAUAAAUAUUUAUUUUAUCUUCUAAUUAAAACAAAAUGUAUGGGUCCUAUGGUUAUAUUACUUUAUAAUAGUUUAAAUGCUGGUAAGCCGGUGCCUCAAGAUGUGAGCAUUGUUUGCAAAAAUGACUGAUGAUUUUACGUAGUGAGUUUUCAUUGUGUUGUAAUUGGGAGGAUAGUGAGAGAAAUCUGGCUGAAAUCUUCAGGUUCUUGAUUCUGAAUUAUGUUAGCACUCGACACUUUUUAUGCUUUAAAUUUCAGAUAAGGUCAAAAUAUUUAUUCAGCCCUAGAUUUUUUAUUUUAUUUUUAAUAGUCAGCAUUUGCCUCUAUUCCAUGGUAAAAUGUCACUGGAAGACUGGAUGUAAUGUUUCCAUAACUACAUGUAAAACAUGGUUGUCUGCUAUACUGUGGUCACAUAGACUUCAGAAAGUUUCCUGUUCCAAAAAUGUAGGCCUCCACAACUUGAACUGUCAUUUCCACCAGUGGUAGUAGACUUAGGGGGUCAACCAUCAGUGGACUGUUGGAGCAGAUCGCCGUAGCAUCAUCCAAUUGAAGAUAGUGGUACAGUCACAAACUAAUGCUGGAAGUUAUGCUCUGUGGAGUUCAGUUUUAUUAUACAUAGGCAGAAAAGGAGACAUAGGACAGCAGUGUAAUAAUAUGUUGCCUUGAGUCUACUUCUAACUGCUUUUAGAAGUGAAAAGCAGACUCUGCUGAAAUGGAGUUCUGGUUUCUGUGGGGGCCAGAUCUUCAUUUAGUACAAAUUCCAACAAUAUCAAAGAUAAUUACUUUUAGAACUCUUCAAUAGCCAUAUUUACAUGCAAGAAAAAUGGCUGCAAAGGCCUAACAUAAUAUUUGUACCUCUGUAAGAUUUACAGCUUUCAUUUUUUUAUUCAGACAACUUAUACAGAUGUGCUGGGCUACAUUUUGAAACUUUUGCAUGAGAUAUGCGCUGCUAGGAACUGGGACAUGAGCGCGUGUCUGCGAGCUGGAGAAGUCACACGCAGAUCUACAUGCAUGUCACAUGUAAGCUGGGUUUUUGUUAAUUUAUAUGUACUUUGGAGGACAUUCUUAAGUUACACGGCAUUUCAAUAUACUUAAAGAUUACAAAUCUUCAGUUAAAUCGUGCAUUUGGGUAAUUACUAUAAUAUAUAUGUAUAUCAAAAUGAAUUAACUACGUUAUGUAAUCAUAAUGAUAUUUAGUGCUUAAUUUACAGCUUGUAAAUCAAAUUGUAUUUCCUGACUCUCAAAAAGGCUACCGUUGUAUACUGGUGGCAAAGAGGGAAAAGCAGAAAGCAACUCAGAAAAGAUUAGGCUGCCAGCUGGUUCACAGAGUUAAGACAUGCUAGCCCUGAUUCACUGUUGUUACCUUGUGUUAGCCUAACUUCAUUAAUUUAAAUGGAAUACAAGUAGUGAACUG